AUGAGAGAAAUAUUAGUUGAUGUUGGAAACGUGAAAACUACACAAGAAACUGGCAAAAAUAUAGUAUUCGCGUGUUUGAUUCGUUUGCGUGAUGCAUGUGUAGCAACUUCGAACAGCGUUGGGUGUCAAUUUGGAUCUUGCAGUCCUGGUUAUUUUGGUUUUCCUGCUUGUCAAAAUGCAUGUCCUACUGGUACUUUUGGUUUAAAUUGCUCACAGAAUUGUAAUUGUGAACCACAGAACCUUUGUAAUCAUAUUAAUGGGGUAUGUAUUGACGGGAAUAAGUGCGGUAAAGGUUUCUAUGGAGCUGCAUGCACUAAAAUUCGAACCAAAAUGAUUUUCCCUCCUAGGGUUUACAGUGAUUGUGAGUACCUUCAUAUUUCAUGGCCAGCUUUCAAUAGCAGUUACUAUAUUGGGUCACCAAACAUUGUUAAGUACACAGUUUUGUUCAGGUCUGAAUCAACAAAUCUUUCAGUAUACCAAUCAGUCAACGCAACGUCCUCUUAUGAAAAUGAUUAUGCCAUCAAAUUUACUCACGAAAACUCACUUACCCCUUUCGUGUUUUCCGUUAGGGCUGAUUUUCUAGUCUCUAUUGUAACUGACGAAUACAUUGUUGAAGGUGUUCCGAGCCCUGAAUCAUCCCCUCUGGAGAUUAAAUGCCCAGCUCUUCCGGAUGUUUCCGUUAUACCGAAUAACAAUUCAGUGAAUAUUCGUUGGAAUGAUCCGCAGAACCCUUCAAUUCAAAAUGUUUUUAUACAUGCUACAUUGAUUGGAAUCGGUGACUGCUUCAGUUUAUCGCCAUCAGACUAUCUGAAUUACACUAAAACAGUGAAUAUUGGAGUCAAAGAUAUUCAAUUGCAACUAGAUUACUGGCGGCGUUAUAUUGUUACAGUUUAUGGUUUGACAUCUCGUGGUAUUUCCACCAGUCCCUCAACUACUACUAUUAUGACUUCGUUUGAGAAUCCGAGCGGUCCACCUAUGAACUUACGUCAACUGUCUCAAUCAAAUCAAUCUGUUAAUGUGACAUGGGAUAAUCCUUUAUGUAGUCAGCGAGGUGGACCACUAGAAAUGUAUUUAAUUAAUAUUUCAACAUUAUCGUCAGUUGUAACACCAACUACGUUAGGGAAUUCAAAAAACAUGCCACCUAUUCAAAUUAACAAUCUUACACCUCAAAUUGUAUAUACGUUACAAGUGGCUUAUAAAAAUCCGGUGGGUGUUGGACCUUCAAGUCAAUUAUUAAUUUCUCUUAAUCGAUCGGUUUCAAAUCAACCAACUUCAUUAAGUGUACAAUAUUGUGGUAUGAAUUCAUGUCGGUUAACAUGGCUUCCACCAAAAGAAGGUUAUGAAUGGGGUACAUUAAUUGAAUAUCGUGUCUUCUAUUGGAAACAGGUGACACCAAAUUUAGUUAAUAAUAUCACAGUACAAGCAAAUGUUCAAGACUGUUUAUUAUCACAGUUGGAGAGUGGGACUAUCUAUUAUGCAAAAGUUCAAAGUGUAUUUACCUAUGGUUCGGCGAGCUCAGAGAUUAUAACAUUUAAUACAUUAACUCAGUUCAGUGUUCAAUUAGUCAAUCGCUCAUAUUCAGAAAUUAUGAUUCAGUGGAAUUUCAAUCAAAUAGCAUCAAUGUUUACUAUCUCUGUAGAAAUGAUUGAAACACUACUUCCGUUUACUCCAGUAUUUUCAAAAAGAAUUUUUAAUUUGUUAGAUGGUAGUAGUGGUGUUCAUCUAUAUAAAAUUUCUAAUUUACCUGCUAGUUCUCGAUUUCGGAUUAUUGUAGAUGCGAUUGGAACUAACAAUACAUCAAUUGGAUCUUCGUUUGUGAAUGUAUGGACAAGUCCUGCUCCGUUUCAAAAUUCAAGAAAUUUUACCUUUAAUCCAAUAGUUCCAGUAUUCAAUGGUUCAUUAUUAGUGAAUGUAAAAUUUCCAAAAUUCAGUGGUUAUGAAGGUGGCCCAUUGAAUGGUUUCUAUAUUGUUGUUGAGAAAACUUCAAAUACUAGUCGUAAACGACGUUCAGUUUUGAAUCAAACACAACUUGGUUUAUCAAAUGAUGCUAAUAUUGUUUAUUAUUCCAAUGUUAGUAAUCCAUCAGAGAUUAUUAUCAUAGGAUCUGGUCAAGUAUUUGAUUCUUCAAAUUUGUCGAUUGGUAAAAUUGGUUAUUCAAAUCCAUUAUUGGAACCAAAUCGUACUUAUACAAUUUAUGCAAUCAUUCAAAGUGAAGUAGACGGAUCAAGCGAAAUCACACGUUCACCUCCAGUAGUAUUUUUAACCGGUAAUAAUAGUAGUAAUAUUAGUGGGAGUCCGAUUAUUCCAACAUCUACUUCGAUGAAAAACAAUCAAACUGAUUCUAAUAAUACACUUGCUGUCGUUUUAGGGAUUCUAUUAGCUCUUGUUCUCUUAGCUUUGAUUGGAUUAAUCAUUUAUUAUAUUUGCCGAAAAAAAUGUCAGUCUGGUCAAUAUGUAUUCCGAAAUUAUUCAAAAGAUUUACAUGUAUCUUUUGAGAAAAAAUCUUAUUUAUUGCCUGAUUCUUAUGCUUGGUGGAGUGUACCACGAGAGUUAGGUGAAUCACGAUAUUUGAUCAUUGAUCCACACCAUGGACCUUCAAGUACAUUGAUUGGAAAAUGGUCUUUGAAUGAAUUAUUAAAAACAUUUUCACGUGAAUAUUCAAGUAUCCCAUUAGGUGUGAAAUUUUCUCAAUCCAUUGGUAAUUUAAAAUGA